GGGCACAAAGUGUUGGAUCCGACUCCGUCCAAAGUCCUGCAGCUACGCGCACAAGUCGUCCCAUCAUCAAUGAAUAAUGGGAGAAUUUUGAAUAAAUUACUUCUACUCUGAUCUCCCCAGAACACUCGCUCACCCGAACCCGGGCGCGACUUCGCCGGUGACCAUCCCAAUGGCACCCAUCUCCUGCCGCGAACUCUCCACCCACCUCUCCUCUCCCCUCCGCGGCACCGCCACCGCCACCACGCAGGCCCGGCUCUCCUUCCGACGCGAUCCAGCUCCGUGCCGCCCGCUCACCGCCACAACCAGCGACGACGACAGGCUGCGCCUCCCCUCCGCGGCCACGAGGGACGACGCGGUGGUUGCCUCCCUCGUCGGCCAGCUCGAACACGACGCGGCGGCGGCGGCGCCGGAGGAGGAAGAGGAGGAUGAAGAGCUGUAUCACCACGAUGGCGCGCCCGGUCGGCGCCACGCGGCGCGGAGGCACCAGCGCCACGACCACAUGGACGACGAGCUGGCAGCGCGGUGGCGGGAGAUCCACGGACGCGACGACUGGGCGGGGCUCCUCGACCCGAUGGACCCGCUGCUCCGCUCGGAGCUCAUCCGCUACGGCGAGUUCGCGCAGGCCUGCUACGACGCCUUCGACUACGACCAGGCGUCGCGCUACUGCGGCAGCUGCAAGUACCCGCGGCGCGCCUUCUUCGAGCGCCUCGGCAUGCCCGCCGCGGCGCGGGGCUACGCCGUCUCCCGCUACCUCUAUGCCACCUCCAACUUCCGCUUCCCCAACUUCUUCUCGCAGUCACGCGCCGGCGCCAAGAUCUGGAGCCAGCGUGCCAACUGGAUCGGCUACGUCGCCGUCUCCACCGACGAAGAGACUGCGCGCCUUGGCCGGCGCGACAUCGCCAUCGCGUGGCGCGGCACGGUCACCCGCCUCGAGUGGGUGUCCGACCUCAUGGACUUCCUCCGCCCCGUCGCCGACGAGGGCAUCCCGUGCCCGGACCCCGAGGUGAAGGUCGAGUCCGGCUUCGUGGACCUCUACACCGACAAGGACCCAACCUGCCGCUUCUGCAAGUACUCCGCCCGCGAGCAGGUCCUCAUGGAGGUCCGCCGCCUCGUCGCCCGCUACACCGCCCUGGGCGAGGACGUCAGCAUCACCGUCACCGGCCACAGCCUCGGCAGCGCCCUCGCCAUGAUCAGUGCCUACGACAUCGCCGAGUCCGGCGCCAAUCUCCACAACGACAAGAGUGCGGCGGUGUGCGUGUACUCGUUCGCGGGGCCGCGGGUGGGGAACGCGCGGUUCAAGGAGCGGUUCGAGGCGGAGCUCGGGGUGAAGGCGCUGCGGGUGGUGAACGUGCACGACGGCGUGGCGCGGAUGCCGGGGAUCCUGCUGAACGAGGGGGCGCCGGCGAUGCUGCGGCGCGUGGCGGAGGGGCUCCUGCGGGUGCCCUGGUGCUACGCGCACGUCGGCGUCGAGCUCGCGCUCGACCACAAGCGCUCGCCGUUCCUCAAGGACACGCUCGACCCGGCCUGCCACCACAACCUCGAGGCGCACCUCCACCUCCUCGACGGGUACCACGGGCGCGGGGAGCGGUUCGUGCUGGCGAGCGGGCGCGACCCGGCGCUGGUGAACAAGGCGUGCGACUUUCUCAAGGACCACCACUGCGUGCCCGCGUGCUGGCGCCAGGACGAGAACAAGGGCAUGGUCCGCGCCCUCGACGGCCGCUGGGUCCAGCCCGACCGCCACACCUGGCACCUCGACGACCACGACCACGACGGCAAGCACCACCACGACGGCACCACCACGCGAGGGGGGGCACGGGCAUGAAGCAUCCGCCUCCUCGUCCGGCGCCAGCCGUAGCCGUAGCCCGUAGCCGCGUCGGUGACGCCAUGUACAUGAUGGAAUGGAAGAGCCCGUUGAGUCAUCACCAGAAAAAAAAGCGCUUGUGAACUUGCGAGAUGCUAUGCGAUUGCUCCCCUUGUCUGUGCGCUAUGCGCAAGAGCUUCGAGAUGGUUGGUGUUGAUUUGUUUUUUUUUUUGUUUGGUUCACAUGUAUUGUGCUAAGGUGCUUACACGGUUACACCACGUAAUCUCUCUUUUAAUAGAAAGGGAAUCAUUAAUUUACAGUUGUGUCCGGAUGCCCGUCAAAGCUGGUCGCUGGCCGGUGGGGUGAUGAGCUUUCUGAAAGCGUUCAGUCCGCGCGAUCGAGGGAUUUUUAACACAUGGGUGUAUAUAUAGUGUUUUAG